AUGCAUGGCAAAGUUAUUCGUCCGCUGCACACAAGACCUAGACUUGCCUAUCCAUGGCGUGGGGAACUUAAAAUGGAUAUACCGCUGGAGUGGUUUGAAAGUAUUUCUCAAGACAUAUUGCAGCACACAAGCUUUGGCCAACGCUACAGGGAAACGAAUACUGAGAUCAUCUUUGAGAUAUCAGAUCUACGAAAAGCAAAGUAUCUAUUCGGGAGAAUGGAUUUGGAUGGCUUCGAGGUCGACCCUGCUGAUAUUUUAAAAAAGCAUAUGUCAACUUCAAGUAACAACCUUGAGAGAUCUGAGGUAUUGGCUUCAACUGACAAGCCCAUGGAGCUUAAAUUUCACAAGAAAAAAGAAUUAUUGGAAGUCAGUUUUCAUUACGGAUACUGGAAUCCAAGCAGCAUCCCACAGCACUGA